AUGAAUCCAUUAACAUUGGUGAAGCGUAUUCAAAACAUCAACAAGAAAGAAGCAACACUUGGCAUAUCUGAAGAGGCAUCUUGGCAUGUGAAAUAUGAAGACUCCGCCUAUGUUUAUGUUGGUGGGAUACCCUUUGACCUCAUAGAAUCCGUGGAAAGGAUGAUUCAUUCGGAUCGACGUAAGAGUCCAACUACAUUGCAUUGCCAGGCGAUCUCCUUGCAGUCUUUGCUCAGUUUGUACGGGAAGGUUGCUGAUGUUAAUUUAGUUAGAGACAAAGGCACAGGAAAAUCCAAAGCGUUUUCUUUUCUUGCUUAUGAGGAUCAAAGAAGUACAAAUUUAGCUGGAAAUGAUUCCACUGCGUCUGUAUGCGCCACCGCCUCUGCCACUCCUAAAGAAAGAGGUAAACUACAAAUAUUUGAUGAUGGAAUCUUUGGUGGAAUCAUUGAUGAAAAAAGAAGAAGCACAUGGAGGAAACAGAAGAAGAAACACAUGGGUCUUCAGAUAAAGAAGAGAAAACAGAUGGGCAGCUUUCUGUGA